CAUCACCGCGGCUGCGCGGGAGCCAGGCCGCCGGCUGUCACUGCGGUUGCGCGCGGCGAGCGGCGAUCCCGGGGCGCCUGCGCGGGUGGCUUUGCGGGCGCUCGCGGUAAGUUUGCGCCAAGUGCGCGGCAGCCGGGACGCAGACGGCGGCGGCGGCGAGAGGCGGAGCCCGGGGACCACCCCACAUCAUCCUCCCCCGAGUCACCUCACGUUCCACAACCUCACCUAACCUCUCACCCCCCCUCCGGUCCCCCAACCCCGGGAUGGCAGCGCCCUCCAGCCUUCCCGGCCGGACCAGCGGUCGCCAGCGCCAGCUUUAGCCUGUGGGCCUAGGCCCCGCCGAGGCCUGACCCCCCGAAGCCGGGACCCACUGUGCAGCCAGCCGCCGGGCCGGGGCUGAGGGGUUGCUCCCCUCUCACGGCCCUUGGGGAGGACGCUGCCGUCCCAGGGACUGGGGGCCGGGGGGUGGGGGGGACCCAGGGCGAGGAAGUCGGAACCUGUGUUGGGAAGAGAGAAGGGGGCCGGGGGUCAGAAGUGCCCCCUUCCCCCCCCUCCCCCCUCCCCCCGGGGCUGGGGGGGCCGGAGCAGAGAGCGCCCAGCCCGGGAGGUGGAUGAAUGUGGGAGAAAAUGGAGACCAAGACGAUCGUGUACGACUUGGACACGUCGGGGGGGCUGAUGGAGCAAAUCCAAGCUCUGCUGGCUCCCCCCAAGACGGACGAGACAGAAAAACGGAGUCGGAAGCCGGAGAAAGAGUCCCGGAGAAGCGGCAGGGCCACCAACCACGACAGCUGCGAUAGCUGCAAGGAAGGUGGGGAUCUCUUGUGCUGCGACCACUGCCCUGCCGCCUUCCACCUCCAGUGCUGUAACCCUCCACUGAGUGAAGAGAUGUUGCCUCCUGGGGAGUGGAUGUGUCACCGGUGCACUGUUCGCCGAAAGAAACGAGAGCAGAAAAAGGAGCUGGGCCACGUCAAUGGACUGGUGGACAAAUCCAGUAAACGGACUACAUCCCCCAGCAGUGACACUGACUUGUUGGACAGAUCAGCUAGCAAAACUGAACUCAAGGCCAUUGCCCAUGCCCGGAUCCUGGAAAGGAGAGCCAGCCGGCCUGGCACCCCCACAUCCAACGCCAGCACAGAGACCCCCACCUCUGAGCAUAACGACGUUGAUGAGGACAUCAUUGACGUGGAUGAGGAGCCAGUAGCAACAGAGCCGGACUAUGUGCAGCCUCAGCUGCGGCGGCCUUUUGAGCUGCUGAUUGCUGCCGCCAUGGAGCGGAACCCUACCCAAUUUCAGUUGCCCAAUGAACUGACUUGUACCACUGCACUACCAGGUUCUAGCAAACGGAGAAGAAAGGAGGAAACCACGGGGAAGAACGUUAAAAGAACACAGCAUGAGUUAGAUCAUAAUGGUCUCGUUCCCUUGCCGGUCAAAGUCUGUUUCACGUGUAACAGGAGUUGUCGAGUAGCCCCUCUAAUCCAGUGUGACUAUUGCCCACUUCUGUUUCACAUGGACUGCCUCGAGCCGCCGCUCACUGCCAUGCCCCUGGGCAGAUGGAUGUGUCCGAAUCACAUCGAGCAUGUGGUGCUGAACCAGAAGAAUCUGACACUGAGCAAUCGGUGCCAGGUGUUUGAUCGUUUCCAGGACACCAUUUCACAGCAUGUUGUCAAAGUGGAUUUCCUGAACCGAAUCCAUAAGAAGCACCCCCCUAACCGCCGUGUGCUCCAGUCUGUCAGAAGAAGAAGCUUGAAGGUUCCUGAUGCUAUAAAAUCUCAGUACCAGUUCCCACCCCCUCUCAUUGCACCUGCGGCCAUUCGGGAUGGGGAGCUGAUCUGCAAUGGGAUCCCUGAGGAGUCACAGACGCACCUUUUGAACUCUGAGCACUUAGCCACCCAGGCAGAGCAGCAAGAGUGGCUCUGUAGUGUUGUUGCGCUCCAGUGCAGCAUAUUGAAACAUUUAUCUGCUAAGCAGAUGCCUUCGCAUUGGGACUCUGAACAGACAGAGAAGGCUGAUAUUAAGCCUGUUAUUGUGACUGACAGCUCAAUCACCACCUCCUUGCAAACCGCUGACAAGGCACCUCUACCUUCCCACUACCCUUUGUCCUGCCCCUCAGCAGUUAGCACCCAGAAUUCUCUGGGCUGCUCUCCACCCCACCAAGCCCCGGCCCUAGAGGACAUCGGCUGCAGUUCUUGUGUGGAAAAGUCCAAGAAAACCCCUUGUGGGACUGCCAAUGGGCCAGUGAACACAGAGGUAAAAGCCAAUGGCCCACACCUCUACAGCAGCCCCACUGAUUCCACGGAUCCCCGGCGACUUCCUGGCGCCAACACCCCCUUACCAGGCCUCACACACCGGCAAGGCUGGCCCCGGCCCCUCACACCACCAUCGGCUGGGGGGCUUCAGAACCACACCGUCGGCAUCAUUGUGAAGACAGAAAAUGCCACUGGCCCCAGCUCUUGUCCCCAGAGGAGUUUGGUACCUGUCCCAAGCCUGCCCCCUUCCAUCCCCAGCUCUUGUGCCAGCAUCGAGAACACCAGCACUUUGCAUAGAAAGACUGUCCAAUCACAGAUAGGACCUUCGUUGACAGAUUCGAGGUCUCUGGGCUCACCCCCAAAUGCCACCCGGGUGCUCACUCCCCCACAAGCUGCAGGAGACAGUAUCUUGGCCACAGGGGCCAACCAACGAUUCUGCUCACCAGCGCCAUCAUCAGAUGGCAAGGUCAGCCCCGGCACGUUAUCCAUAGGAAGCGCUUUAACCGUACCCUCUUUCCCAGCCAACUCUACUGCCAUGGUGGACCUCACCAACUCACUUCGAGCAUUUAUGGAUGUCAAUGGAGAAAUCGAGAUAAAUAUGUUGGAUGAGAAGCUGAUCAAGUUUCUGGCCUUGCAGAGAAUACAUCAGCUUUUCCCCUCCCGGGUCCAAGCUUCACCGGGCAGUGUUGGGACACAUCCGCUGACUUCCGGAGGGCACCACACAGAAGUGCAAAGAAAGGAGGUACAGGCCCGAGCUGUGUUCUACCCCCUCUUAGGGUUGGGAGGAGCUGUGAACAUGUGCUAUCGAACCCUCUACAUCGGGACAGGAGCUGACAUGGAUGUGUGCCUUACAAACUAUGGUCACUGUAACUACGUGUCCGGGAAACAUGCCUGCAUAUUCUACGAUGAGAAUACCAAACAUUAUGAGCUGUUAAACUACAGUGAGCACGGGACAACGGUGGACAAUGUGCUGUAUUCAUGUGACUUCUCUGAGAAGACCCCGCCAACCCCCCCAAGCAGUAUUGUUGCCAAAGUGCAGAGUGUCAUCAGGCGCCGCCGAAACCAGAAACAGGAUGAAGAGCCAAGUGAGGAGGCAGCCAUGAUGAGUUCCCAGGCCCAGGGGCCACAGCGCAGACCCUGCAGUUGCAAAGCCAGCAGCUCAAGCUUGAUCGGGGGCAGUGGGGCCGGCUGGGAGGGCACAGCCUUACUGCACCAUGGCAGCUACAUCAAGCUGGGCUGCCUACAGUUCGUCUUCAGCAUCACUGAGUUUGCGACCAAACAGCCCAAAGGCGAUGCCAGCCUGCUGCAGGAUGGGGCUUUGGCCGAGAAGCUGUCUCUCAAGCCCCAUCAGGGCCCUGUGCUGCGCUCCAACUCCGUUCCCUAGGCCAUUGGCCUGGACACCCAAGACUCCUGCAAUGCAAAAAUGUACACGAACCAAGCCCGGUGUUUUCUAUACCAGAAACCCUUCAACUACAAUCUUUGCAUGAAAUGAAGAAAACCUUUUGACUGUUUUUUAAGACUUUUUUCUUUUCUCAAGUUCUAGGGGGCAUUUGCACAUAUAUUUGUACUCAACAUUUCAUGGGAAAGCGGCAGACCCGAGCUGAGGAACAGCGGGGGCAGGGAGGGGAGACCCUGGUUGGACACUUCCAGCACACCCCUCCCCCGCCUUCUGCUCCCUCCCCCCGACCACCUGCCCGCUGUUGUAAAAUAAUCAGAAACUUGUUCUAUUUUGUGGCAGUGACAAUAGUUUUAUAUUAAAAGAAAAAAUACAGUUUUCAUACAGCAAAAUCUAUACAAUAUCAUUGUUUUAUUUAAUAUAAAGAUCGCUACCCACCCCUUUCCAUGGUUCCCACCCUACAAGUUACUCUCCCUUUCUGCAGCGGUUGCACUACAGGUAGCUACUGUGUAUAUGGACAAAUGAGGAAUGAAUUCUUUUUCUGGCUGUCCAUCUAUUUUAUUUCAAAUAAGGAAAAGUGUAUUUGGAUUUUGUGUAAAUACAUCUAGUGAUGACAUUUUUUCAGUGUUUUUAAGAACUGUACAGUACAUGUGGUAGUGUUUUUCUCCAAUGUCUAUUGUAGCAAAGGCGUUUUUGUCGUAAACCUGUUCUGUGUCCUUUUUUUGUUCUCUUGCCACUCUUCCUCCUCACCCCAGCUCCUUCCUUCUUCUCCACGACUAGUACCAAUGUACAUAGUAAUUGUAAUGUUUUAGACUUUACAGAAACUUUCCUGUAUUCUGUAUAUAAAAAACCAAAAAUACUUCAAA